GCGGCCGCCACGUAUUCUCACACACGCGGCGAACGCACACACACACACACUCACACAUAAAGCAACGGCAACAGCACAGCCACUGACCAGCUGGCUGAACUCCCUCACAUCAUCAUCAUCAUCAUCACACCCAGCUCAGCAACGUGCGAGCACGGCGACCCGAAGACCUUGAAGUAGUUUGUAGUUGCUGUUCUCUUUCUAACACACACACAAUCAGCCAUGGCUGAGCACCGCCUUCGCGAGCAGCAGUACGAGUACAAUGCGAACGCCAACUUGGUGUUGCAAGCUGACCGGAAGCUGCUCGACAUUCGGGUGCGUGAUGACGCGACCGGUGAGGUCAAGUCCCUCAAGGGCCACCUCGACACAGUACGCAUGGGCGACCGCGCCGUGCGCUCCAUGCCACAGGACCUGCAGGAGCGCAAGAAGCGCCGCGCAGAGGCUCAAAGCAAGAAGAAGCCCGCGGCGUCGCUGCCUUCCUCCGUCCUCGCCAACUUUGCCGACCUCGGCCUCAAGUACUACCCAAAGACAAAGGACACGCAGCACUUUUACGAGCUCAUCCUCUCCUACAUCACCGACUUCCUCGGCAGCCAGCCCCAGGACAUCCUCAUGGGCGCCGCCGACGAGAUCCUCGCCGUGCUCAAGGACGAGGACAUCAAGACAAAGGACAAGCAGCACGAGAUCGCCUCCCUGCUCGGCCAGCGCGUCUCCGACGAAGAGUUUACGCGCCUCGUCGGCCUGAGCCAGAAAAUCACAGACUACCACGACACCACAGCCAUGGAGGAAGAGGAGGAGCCCCUGGACGAUGACACGGGCGUCGCCCUCGUCUUCGACCGCGAUGAGGAAGAGGAGGAAACCACAGCCGCCGCCAUGGCCGGCGACGAGGACGCAGAGGACCUCGAUGAGGUCAAGGACAUGGAGGAGGACGAGGAAGAGGAAGAGGCUGAGGCUGACAUUGUCCGGGCCAACCUGCAGCGUGAGGCUGCGGCGGCCGCCGCCGCCGGCGACACGCUCAACCCCAGCGACCUUGACGCCUUCUGGCUCCAGCGCCAGCUCGGCCAGUAUUCCAAGGAUGCCAUGGAGACGCAGAAGCUGGCAGACCAGUCCCUCAAGGUUCUCGGCGAGGCCAAGGACGACCGCGAGUGCGAGAACCGCCUCGUGCAGGUGCUCGGCUUUGACAAGUUCGACUUUGUCAAGAUCCUGCGCAAGCACAGGAACCUCAUCUACCACUGCAUCAUGCGCGCCAAGGCCCAGUCUGACGCCGAGCGUCGCGCCAUCGAGGCAAAGAUGCGCGCCGAUGACGAGCUUGCGCCGGCGCUCAAGCUGCUCAAGGAAGGCGCAGAGGGCGACAGCCGCGCCGAGGCCAAGGCACGCAAGGAGGCCCAGCGGCAAGGAAAGCUGGACCGCGACUUGGACACGGACGUGCGCGACGCCCACAUCACCAAGCAGGUGCUCAACAUUGACAACCUCGUCUUCUCCCAAGGCAGCCACCUCAUGGCCAACCGCAAGUGCGCCCUGCCAGAGGGCUCCUUCCGCAAGUCCCACAAGGGCUACGAGGAGGUGUACGUCCCCGCCCUCAAGGCCAAGCCGCUCAGCGAGAACGAGAAGCUGGUGCCCAUCUCAUCGCUCCCAGACUGGGCACAGAAGGCCUUUAAGGGCUUCAAGAACCUCAACCGCGUGCAGAGCCAGCUCUUCCCCACGGCGUUUGGCUCCAAUGAGAACCUCCUCGUCUGCGCCCCAACAGGUGCAGGCAAAACCAAUGUGGCCUUGCUCACCAUCCUUCACGAGAUUGGCAGGCACCUCCUCCCCGACGGCAGCGUCGACAUUGAAAACUUCAAGAUUGUGUACAUUGCGCCAAUGAAGUCGCUUGUUGCGGAGAUGACGGGUAACUUCUCCGCACGCCUGGAGCCAUACAACCUGAGCGUGGAGGAACUCACCGGUGACCAGUCCCUGACCAGGGAGCAGAUUUUCAACACCAACGUCCUCGUCUGCACGCCCGAAAAGUGGGAUGUCAUCACACGCAAGGGCGGCUUUGAGGGCGUCGUUGGCCUCGUCAUCAUCGAUGAGAUUCAUCUCCUCCACGAUGAGCGCGGCCCCGUGCUCGAGUCCAUCAUUGCCCGCAGCAUUCGCCAAGUCGAGCGCACACAGGAGAGCCUCCGCCUUGUUGGCCUCUCCGCAACAUUGCCAAACUAUGAAGACGUCUCUGCUCUCCUGCGCGUUGACCCCAGCAAAGGUCUCUUCUUCUUCGACAACAGCUUCCGCCCCUGCCCCUUGGAACAGCAGUACAUUGGCAUCACGGAGCGCAAGGCCCUCAAGCGCUUCCAGCUCAUGAACGACAUCCUGUAUGACAAGGUUGUUGCCAACGCCGGCCGCAACCAGGUGCUUGUGUUCACGCACUCGCGCAAGGACACCGCCAAGACGGCCCGCAUGCUGCGCGACAUGUGCCUGCAGAAGGAGAUGCUUGGUGCCUUCCUCCGCGAGGAUUCAGCCAGCGUGGAGAUUCUCCGGGACUCUGCCGAGGCCACCAAGAACCGCGACCUCGUGGACCUCCUCCCACACGGCUUUGCCAUCCACCACGCCGGCAUGACCCGCGCGGACCGCACGCUUGUCGAGGAUCUCUUUGCCGGCCGCCACAUCCAGGUGCUCGUCUCCACGGCCACGCUUGCCUGGGGUGUUAACCUUCCCGCCCACACCGUCAUCAUCAAGGGCACCCAAGUCUACGCCCCAGACAAGGGCGGCUGGACCGAGCUGUCCCCGCUCGAUGUGCUGCAGAUGCUUGGUCGCGCUGGCCGCCCUCAGUUCGACAAGCAAGGCGAGGGCAUCCUCAUCACCACACAUGCCGAGUUGCAGUACUACCUCUCCCUCCUCAACGAGCAGCUCCCCGUUGAGAGCCAGUUUAUGUCCAAGCUCGCAGACAACCUCAACGCCGAGAUUGUUGCAGGUACGGUGCAGAACCUCGAUGAGGCCGUGCAGUGGCUUUCGUACACAUACUUGUAUGUGCGUCUGCUGCGUAACCCUGCCCUCUACGGCGUGACGGCGGACGACCUUCGCAACGACCCCAAACUGGAGCGCUUCCGUGCCAACCUCGUGCACACCGCGGCCCUCCAGCUUGACAAGAGCAACUUGCUCAAGUACGACAGGAAAACUGGAAACUUCCAGGUGACGGAUCUUGGUCGCAUUGCUAGCCACUACUACUGUGACUUUCACACCAUCAGCAUGUACAACAGCUUGCUCAAGCCCACCUUGACGGAGAUUGAGUUGCUACGCAUCUUCUCCCGCUCCAGCGAGUUUAAGCUCGUCAGGGUUCGGGAAGAGGAGAAGCUUGAGUUGCAGACCCUGAUGGAGCGCGUCCCCAUCCCCAUCAAGGAGAGCAUUGAUGAGCCGAGCGCAAAGAUCAACGCGCUGCUGCAGUCGUACAUCUCCAAACUCAAACUGGACGGCUUCUCUCUUGCAUCAGACAUGGUUUACAUCACGCAAUCUGCUGGUCGCCUGAUGCGUGCCAUCUUUGAGAUUGUGCUUCGUCGUGGCUGGGCCCAGGUUGCAGGCCGCGCCCUCACCCUCUGCAAGAUGAUUGACCGCCGCAUGUGGGCAACGGCGUGUCCACUGAAGCAAUUCCCUAAGCUGAACCCUGUUGCGGUGCAGAAACUGGAGCGCAAGGGCCUUUUCUGGUCCCAACUGACAGAGCUCAGUCACACCGAGCUUGGCGAGCUGAUUCGCACGCCCGCGCUGGGCAAGACCCUUCACAAGUACAUUCACUUGCUGCCCAAGAUGGAGCUGAGCUCCUAUGUCCAGCCCAUCACCCGCACCACCCUCCGUGUGAAGCUCACCCUCAACGCUGACUUCCCUUGGGACGACGCUGUGCACGGCUCCCAGCAGAGCUUCUGGGUCUUCGUGGAGGAUGCGGACUCGGAGAACCUGUUGCAUUAUGAGUUUUUCUCACUCAAGAAGCGCUUUGCAGAACUGGACCACGUGCUUGAGUUUUUCGUGCCCAUCACAGAUCCCAUGCCUCCCCAAUACUUUGUCCGCGUCGUCUCUGACAGGUGGAUCGGCUCGGAGACUGUGCUGCCAAUUUCCUUCCGCCAUCUGAUUCUUCCCGAGCGCUUCCCGCCAACGACCGAGCUGCUUGACCUGCAGCCGCUGCCGGUGACGGCACUGAAGAAGCCCGCGUACCAGCGCUUCUACGUGAACCGCUUCAAGUACUUCAACGCCAUUCAGACGCAGGUGUUCAACGCGCUGUACGACUCGGACGACAACGUCUUCGUCGGUGCGCCCACGGGCUCUGGCAAGACAGUGUGUGCCGAGCUGGCGAUGCUGCGGUCCUUCUCGCAGAACCCCAACGCCAAGUGCAUCUACGUGGCGCCGCUGCAGGAGGUGUGCAACCGCAUGCUGCCCGCGUGGAAGGAGAUGUUUGGCAAGGGGCUUGGCAAGACGGUGGUUGGCCUGACCGGCGACAUGAGCGCCGACCUGAAGCUGCUGGCGAGCGCCAACGUUGUGGUGGCCACGCCCGAGCAGUGGGACGUGCUGUCGCGUCGCUGGAAGCAGCGCCGCCACGUGCAGAACAUUGCGCUCUUCAUCGUUGACGACGCGCACAUGAUUGGCGCGGAGAACGGGCCCGUGCUGGAGAUUGUGUGCGCGCGCAUGCGCUACAUGGCCAGCCAGCUGGAGCGCAGGCUGCGCACCAUCAUGCUUGCCGUGCCCGUCGCCAACGCGCGCGAGAUGGGCAGCUGGUGCGGCGUGUCCGGCUCCAACGUGUUCAACUUCCACCCCACCGUGAGGCCCGUGCCGCUGGAGCUGCACGUGCAAGGCUUCAAUGCGGCGCACGCCACGGCCCGCCUCAUGCACAUGGCUCGCCCCGUGUUCAACGCCAUCAAGCGCCACUCCCCCAACAAGCCCGUGCUCGUGUUUGUGCCCUCGCGCAAGCAGGCGCAGGUGACGGCUGUGGACCUGUAUGCGUUCGCUGCGGCGGAGGGCGCGGACAAGCGCUUCAUCGGCUGCGACGAGGAGGACCUCAAGCGCUUCACGGACCGGCUCAAGGACGAGCACCUGCGGGAGACGGCGCUGAGCGGCAUUGCGUACCUGCACGAGGCGCUCGAUGACGAGGACCGCCGCAUUGUGACGCACCUCUUCACGUCCGGCGCCAUCCAGGUGCUGGUGGCGUCGCGCGACCUUGCCUGGGGCCUGUCCACGCCGGCACACUUGGUUGUGCUGCAGGACACGCAGUACUACGACGGCAAGGACCACCGCUACGUCGACUACCCGCUGACGGACGUGCUGCAGAUGAUGGGGUACGCCGGGCGCCCUCUGCAAGAUGACUGCGGCAAGUGCGUGCUGCUGUGCCAGUCCACCAAGAAGCAGGUCUUCAGCAAGUUCCUGAACGAGCCCAUGCCUGUGGAGUCGCACCUCGACUAUGUGCUGCACGACCACUUCAACGCCGAGGUUGUCACCAAGAUUAUCGAGCACAAGCAGGAUGCGGUCGACUACCUGACCUGGACGCUCAUGUACCGCCGCAUGACGCAGAACCCCAACUACUACAACCUGCACGGCGUGACGCACCGCCACCUGUCGGACCACCUGUCCGAGCUGGUGGAGACGACGCUCAGCGACCUGGCGGAGAGCAAGUGCAUUUCCGUUGACGAGGACAACGAUGAGAUUUCCGCGCUCAACCUGGGCAUGAUUGCCGCGUACUACUACAUUGACUACACCACCAUUGAGCUCUUCAGCCGCUCGCUCACGGACAAGACCAAGCUUAAGGGUCUGCUGGACAUCAUCUGCGCCGCCACGGAGUUCAAGAAGAUCCCAGUGCGCUACCGCGAGGACCGCGUGCUGCGCGUGCUGGCCAAGAAGGUGCCGCUGAAGCCGCGCACCAAGGUGCUGUACAACGACCCGCACGUCAAGGCCAACCUGCUGAUCCAGGCACACCUGUCGCGCUUGGAGCUGUCGCCGGAGCUGCAGCACGACCAGGAGCGGGUGCUGGCGAUUGUGCCGCGCCUGAUCCAGGCGUGUGUGGACGUGCUGUCGUCGAGCGCGUGGCUGGCGCCCGCGCUGGCUGCCAUGGAGCUGUCCCAGAUGAUCACCCAGGCGGUGUGGGUCACGGAUCCGCUGCUGCGGCAGCUGCCGCACAUCACUCAGGAUGCGCUGAAGCGGGCCAGCGAGAACGAGCUGGAGAGCAUCUUCGACAUCACCGAGUGCGAGGACGACGUGCGCGACAAGGUGCUGCAACUGUCGCCGGCGCAGAUGGCGGAUGUUGCGCGCUACUGCAACCGCUACCCAAGCAUUGAGCUCGAGUACGAGGUUGAGGAUGAGGAGGACGUGCAUGCUGGCGCGCCCGUGCUUGUUUCUGUUGCGCUGGAGCGCGAUGAGGAUGAGGACGACGACACUCCCGUUGGACCCGUCAUUGCGCCCUUCUACCCUCAGCGCAAGGAGGAGGCCUGGUGGUGUGUGAUUGGCGACACGGCAUCCAACAGGUUAUUGGGCAUCAAGCGCGUUGCGCUGCAGCAGCGCUCUCGCAUCAAGCUGGACUUUGUUCCACCCGAGGAAGGCAAGCACACGUUCAAGCUGUACUUCAUGUGCGACUCGUAUCUCGGCUGCGACCAGGAGUACGACCUGGAGCUGGAUGUCAAGGAGCCACUGGAGAUGGACAGCAGCGAGGAGGAGUCGGAAUCAGACGAGGAGUAACAGGGAGAUGGUCGCGCCCACACUUUCCAACACAAGCGAGCGGGCGAGAGUGCUUCAUAUAUGAUUUGUCGUUGUUGUCGUCGUAACGUGUGUUUCGUGACUAUGCGUUGACGCUGAUGCUGUUACAUUUUUUUCCUCAAGAAGGGUGUUACCGCCGCUUGUCAUUGGCGGAUGUCCCUAUUCCUCCAGCGCUUGGUGUUUGUUUUGUCACUUGUGUCAACCCUUGUUCUGCCUCUCCCUCUUCCCUUUCCUAUUUCCUUUGACAUCUUCUUCUUCUUUCUUCACCGUGCGUACCUUGACGUGCUCUUUGAAGCACCGUGCAUUGUGCCCUGUACACCAUACCAAACUAAACUAGACGGCCAACACAAAAGAGGGGGGUUGAGGUUGGAAUACCAUACAUAAUACACGCAAACGAUCAGGA